AUGCCACCUCGACGACGUGUGCCUGCUGGUAACAACGACAACAUUUCUGCAAUGGAUCGUAUGGCCCAAGCAAUAGAACGAAUGACUGAGUUUAUGCUGGCUCAGCAAGCCCAGAACCAAAACCAAAGGCAGCCACGGGUUGACUUUGCUAAAGCGAUAGCAAAUCGACAACCACCGUAUUACGCUGGAGAAAAAGAUCCGGUUAUUUUGGAAGAAUGGAUCCGGACGUUCGACAAAUUGCUUAAUGCGGUAAACUGUCCUAUAGAUCAGCGAGUACCUUCCGCAGUCUAUUACUUGACGAAAGCUGCAGAUAAUUGGUGGGCAACAGUUGGACCUGACCUCCUGCAAGACCCAGAUUUUGGCUGGGAAAAAUUCAAAGUGGAAUUGAGAGGACAAUUCUACACGGAGCGUAUCAAAGGAAUCAAGUGUGAAGAAUUUUUAAGACUAAAACAGAAAGGAGCAACUAUCCAAGAAUACCAUGACCAAUACGUGGAGCUGAUGCGUUUCGCUCAAGAAAUCGUGCCCGACGAAGCGAGUAAGGCAAGAAGAUUCGUCCGAGGAUUGGAUUGGAACGUAAGAAGCGCGAUCGCACCAUUCAUGUGCUCUACUUUGAAGGAGGCAUACGAUAGGGCAUCAGAUCACUAUCAGGUGUAUUUGGACCAACAGGAAGUUUACGGUCGAAACAAAUGA